AGCUGUCUUCCUUAGUUUUCAUACGUUAUACACAAACAACUCCCGAGGGAACAACACACGUGUAGUUUCCCUCUUCAUAGCGCUCUUCUUUUUUUUUUCUCUCUAUCCAUUUGCGUAUCACAACUCUCGCUCCGCACUUCUGCGUGGCUAACUGUGAAGGCUGUUUUUUGUGUACCUUGCAUCAAAUCGCGUAGUGAACAGAAUCUCGCUCGUACUUCGUUCUCCUAGCCGUGCGACCACCGUAAAACUCUGUAGGCGCGUAAGUAGAACGACGUUGUAGAAGUGAGCCGACAGAAAAAACCCUUUCGCAACAUUAACAAGGAGCGUUUUAUUUGUUUUCCUAUUACCAUGAGCACCUUUCAGCACUCCUGGGUGAGCGUGUUUGGCGCGGAUGAGGUGGUGUACGACGUCCCCAGCAAACUCGUCACGGAGCUUCCUGCCCCGGCGACGACGACGAGCGACGACAGCGUGGACGCAGGUGUCCCGACGGUCGCUAGCGUGACGACCCGUCUCACCAAGAAGUUUGAAGGGGAUGGCUGGAAGGACCUCGUCGCGACGGUGCCGUCGCUGCUGCGCCAGACUUUUGUGUGCGAGGCGAGCAUCGCCCUGGACGUGCCGCAGGAAGCCAUCUCGGACGUCCAGUUCCGCCUGGGCAGCCUCUAUGUGACUUUCCACGUCACCCACGACGACGACAUCAGCCAGGAGGAGAUGGACCGCCGCAUCGAGGAAUACCCUUUUCGGGAGAUGCUCCGGCUGUACAACCAGCGCGACGGCGCACCGGACGGCCUGGACGCGGCGUUGCAGCGGCUGAAGGAUAUGGAGAUGGAACUGUCGGAGAAGGAGCGCGCAUUGGAGAAGGAGCGUGCGGCACGCGAGGCGAGCGCCAAGGACCUGGAGAGGCAGCUGGAGGCGCUCAAGGACGAGGUGGAUGGUCCGAUUGCGCAACGCGAGCAGGAGUUGCUGGCGCAGCUCGGCAAGGAGCAGGCCGGCCGCAAGAAGGCCGAGAGCCAGGUGAAGGCGUCGGAGGAGCAGGCAAAGAAGCUGAUGGAGGCGCUCAAGCAGGAGAAGCUCCGCGCGGAGAAGCAGGCGCAGCGCCACAACGACCUGAUUGCGGCCAUCAUUCAAGAAAACAAGAAGGAGAAGGAGGCAAAGGAGCGGGAGUACAACGAGCAGAUGGAGGUGAAGGACUACAUCAUCGAGAACCUCAAGUCUCAGCUGCGCACACACACCUCUGCCAGCGCAUCGCCGCGGAAUAGCAUCAUCGACCCCGACCAGUCAGGCGAGUUUAGUCGCCUGAUGGAGCGGAUGGAGGACAUGGCGCAGGUGCUGCAGCGAACGCAGGAGAAGGAGUCCGAGGCACGGGCGCAGGUCCAGCGACUGUCCGACGCGCUCAAGCAGUCCGAGGAGGCCCGCCAGGCGGAGUCCGUCUCGUACGACAACAACGUGACGGCACUGACGCAGCAGCUGAACUCGUACCGAGACACGAAGCUCGCCGAGGAGCAUGAGCGCCGCGCCAAGGAGGACCGCCAGCGCGGCCGCGGCACCGUCAGCGACGCCAUGAAGGAGAACGCCACCAUCGUGCGCCAGUACACGACGAGCCUGGAGAACCUCAUCAGCUCCCUGCAGGACCGCCUGAACGCGCUCAACGAGGAGUACGGUGGCUACCUGCACGAGGCCGAGGAGGAGGUGACGAGCCAGCGCCGCAUCCUCGCGGACCACGAGGAGGACAGCCGCGAGAUCCGCCAGGUCUUCCGCUCCACCUCGCUGGGUCUGCAGAAGAUCUACUGGGGCACCCGCGAGCCGCAGGCGCAAGAGAUCAUUGGGCAACUGGACUCCGCCGCCGGCAGGGCCGAGACCUCCAGCGCCGCGGUGCGCGUGGCCAUCGCCAUGCUCGACUCCAAGGCGAGCGCCUUCAAGGACAACAAGGACUGGAUGGAGCAGCACCAGAAGAUGAUGCGGGAGCUGCUCGUGUCGCUGCGCCAGCUUACGCAGAGGGCGCUUGACCGCCAGCGAACGAUGAUGGACGACGCGGUGGCCGCCGCUGCGCAGAAGUAA